AUGUCCUCGCUGACCUACAUCAACGAACCCGGUGCUGGCCAAAAGCACAGCGACCUGUGCCACUACUCCCAGGCCGUCCUCCUCCCUGGAAACAUCGUUAAAUGCGCCGGACAGGGUGGCUGGACCAACUCUGGUGAUCUCGACGCCGAAAAUGUCCGCGGUCAGGUCGACCUUGCCUUUGAGAAUGUCGAUCGGGCCGCGGGUCUGAGAGGAUGGGAAGAUGUCUACCUUGUCCGCUCGUACCAUGUCGAUAUGGGGUCUUCUUACGAUUAUGUGGUUGAAAAGCUCAAGACGCGUAUCCCCGGACACCGCCCUGUUUGGACUGCUAUUGCUGUCCCUCGCCUUGCUUUCCCGGCGAUGCGGAUUGAGAUUGAGGUGGAGGCAUUCAAGUCUCAAUCAUAG